UGAUUUCCAUCAAACAAAUCGUAUUAAUCUCCAUCUCCAUCUAUAUCUCUCUCUUCCACUUCCACUUCCACUUUCUCUUCCUCUUUUCUUUCUUUCUCACGUAUAUCUUUUUACUAAACUCAUGCUAACAUUACUACCUGAUAUCCUGACCACUCCUCAGUUCCUUAGACGAGUCGCCUCGACUCCAAAUGCCAAGGCCACAGUAUUAGAAGAUUCUCUCCGCAAGACCAAUAGUGCCUCAAAGGGGAGCGCUGGCAGUGCAAAUGGUUACUUGGGCGCCUAUAAUCCAUCCUCCCCUGCCGCCAGAUCCAAUACUACCUUGGGUUCCACCAUGACAAUGGCAUCAUCCCUCACAGCAGCGACCACAGCAUCUUCACCAUCCUCCAAACUUCAUCUCGGCCUUCCUCAUGAAAAGAGCCCCAAUGGCUCCACUCUGGAUCUAAGGCGUCUAGGAACUGUUCGAAGAACGUAUUCUUCCAACUCUAUCAAGAAAAAAUCAGUUGAGGUUUCACCAAAUAGUUUUGUAAAGAUCCGAUUGUUGGGUAAGGGCGAUGUCGGAAAAGUGUAUUUGGUACAGCAAAAGGAUACAGAUCGGCUUUAUGCUAUGAAAGUGCUAUCCAAGAAAGAGAUGAUCAAGCGCAAUAAGAUCAAACGAGCAUUUGCAGAACAGGAGAUCUUGGCCACGUCCAAUCAUCCAUUCAUCGUCACACUAUACCACUCUUUCCAAUCAGAAGAAUAUCUUUAUUUUUGCAUGGAGUAUUGCAUGGGUGGUGAAUUCUUCCGAGCAUUACAAAUGAGACCUGGAAAACAUUUGGUAGAAGAGGAUGCAAAAUUUUAUGCCGCAGAAGUGAUUGCAGCACUCGAGUACUUGCAUUUGAUGGGCUUCAUUUACCGAGACUUGAAACCAGAAAACAUCUUGUUACACCAUACAGGACAUAUCAUGUUGACAGACUUUGAUCUAUCAAAACAAUCAAUGCCAGCAGGAGAACCAACAGUCGUCAAAUCCUCAUCACCCUCUACACCUCCCGCCAUCGAUACUAAAUCCUGUAUUGCCAAUUUACGGACGAACAGCUUUGUAGGCACAGAAGAAUAUAUCGCACCAGAAGUCAUCAAUGGAACAGGACACACUUCAGCCGUGGACUGGUGGACACUUGGGAUCUUGAUUUAUGAAAUGCUCUAUGGUGUCACUCCCUUCAAGGGCAAAGAUCGAUCUGCAACCUUCAAAUCCAUCCUUAAUACAGAAGUUCAAUUUCCAGAACAUCCGGGUGUCCAACAAAUCUCUCCCCUCUGCAAAUCCUUGAUCCGGAAAUUGUUGAUUAAAGAUGAGCAGCUGAGGCUAGGAUCGAAUGCAGGAGCCAGUGAUGUGAAGCAGCAUCCGUUCUUCAAGACCACCAACUGGGCCCUUCUGAGACAUUUGACCCCUCCGAUUAUACCCCAACAGAGCAAUGGAGCCGAUGCUAUCAACUUUCGACAGAUGAAUGAAAGCAUCAGCUUGGACAUCGAGGGCGAGGAGUUGGUUCUGCAGGAACCAGGAACGAAAAAUCUCUUUGCGAACUUUAGUUCAGUCACUCUUCAUCAUGAUGGAGAUGAAUACAUGUAAUAAUAAGAAACCCUUCCAUUAAUAAUAAGAGAAAAAAAAAAAAAAACAAAG